AUGGAUAACAAUGAAGUCACCAACACCAGUGUCUGCAAUGUCAUCAGUCGUCCAGGAGUGCAUCUGACCAGUGAUACCGACUGCCCGACACGACCCAGUGAUACCGACUGCCCGACACGACCCAGUGAUACCGACUGCCCGACACGACCCAGUGAAACCGACUCCCAGACACGACCCAGUGAUACCGACUGCCCGACACGACCCAGUGAUACCGACUCCCCGACACGACCCAGUGAUACCGACUGCCCGACACGACCCAGUGAUACCGACUGCCCGACACGACCAAGUGAUACCGACUGCCCGACACGACCAAGUGAUACCGACUCCCCGACACGACCAGUAAAACCGACUCCCCGACACGACCCAGUGAUACCGACUGCCCGACACGACCCAGUGAUACCGACGCUUUAA